AUGGCAAAAGUAGUUGCUAAAACAGUUAAAAACGUUCAAGUAAAAUGUAUGGUUCCGGCAGUUAAAGCAACACCCUCACCUCCUAUAGGUCCAGCUUUAGGUCAACGUGGUGUAAAAGCCAUUGAAUUUUGUAAACAAUUUAAUGAACGUACUAAAAAUUUUGAACCUGGUACACCUAUUCCAACUAUUAUAUCAAUAAAACCUGAUCAUACAUUCUCAUUCAUUACAAAAUUACCACCUACUGUAUGGUUUUUAAAAAGAGCUGCUAGAAUUGAAAAAGGUGCAAGUAAACCUGGUUCGGAGAUUGUUGGAAAAAUUAGUUUAAAACAUGUUUAUGAAAUCGCUUUAAUUAAACAACAACAAGAAAAUAUGAAAGAUUAUGAUUUAAAGGGUAUUUGUAAAUGUAUUAUCGCUACUGCUAAAUCUGUUGGGAUUCAAGUUAUACCAUGA